AACCAUUUUUAAAGGGACCUGUGAAAGAACACAUCGGAAGAUAAUAAAUAAUCCCUAUUCUCUUCUCCCCAAUCGCGCAGCCAGUACAGUAGCCGUUCUCUCUCUCAUUCAAUUGCGAAAUCAUCAACAAUCGAACUCACUGUGUAACCACUUCAAAUGGCAGAGGGUAACAUCGAUGAACAUGCGAUUGAAGUGAUGCCGGAGAACUAUGUUCCGGUUGAAGCUCAAGUUACAGAGAAUGAAAACGAGCAAGAACAUGGUGAUGGUGUUGUAGAGACUCAAGGUAACGAGGAAGAAGAACAAGGCGGUGAUGCGGUGGAGGGUGGUGUUGCUGCUGCUGCUGCGGAAGGUGUUGUGGAUAAAUGGCCCGGAUGGCCUGGAGAAAACACUUUCAGAAUUUUGGUUCCUGCGCAGAAAGUCGGUGUCAUCAUUGGGCGGAAGGGAGAGUACAUUAAGAAAACAUGUGAAGAAACGCGUGCUCGCAUUAAGAUUCUUGAUGGUCCUCCUGGUACUACUGAAAGAACUGUGUUGAUUUCUGCAAAGGAAGAACCGGAAGUUUCUAUUCCUCCUGCAAUGGACGGUUUGCUAAAGGUUCAUCAACGUGUCAUUGAUGAUGACAAAGAUAAUCCGCAUGGCCCACCUGGUGGGCCCGCGACUAUCACCACAAGGCUACUGGUGGCAGGUGCACAAGGUGGAAGCUUGAUCGGGAAGCAAGGUGCCACCAUAAAGACCAUUCAAGAUUCUUCAAAUUGUAAAAUCCGUGUUAUAGGAGAAAACCUACCGAUUUUUGCUCUACCCGACGAUAGUGUUGUUGAGAUACACGGGGACCCUACAGGUGUGCACAAGGCUUUGGAACUGAUUGCAACUCAUCUAAGAAAGUUUUUGGUUGAUCGGAGUGUUAUUGGUAUAAUCGAGACGCAAAUGCAAAUGCCGAGUUCCCGUUCAAAUCACGAGAUGGGCCCUCCGCAACCUUGGGGAGCACCAUCUCCUCAAGGUUUCCCAGGUGGUGGGCCCGGUUUCGGACCUGGUUUUGGAAACAAUCAAUUUAUGCCACCUCAGCACCAAUUCGACAACUACUAUCCAAGAGUCGACAUGCCUCCACCAUUGGAUAAACAGCCUCGUCAGGGCCCACCUUAUGGUAGGGAUCCAUCUGCAGGUCCGCCUCACACUUCAAGUGUGCAACCACAAGCGUCACUAGCCUCAAAGGUCUCACAGAACAUGCAAAUCCCUCUUUCAUAUGCGGAUGCUGUAAUUGGUACAUCGGGCACUAAUAUUAGUUAUAUUAGACGGGCCAGCGGUGCAACCAUUGCUAUACAAGAAACAAGGGGUGUUCCUGAUGAAAUGACUGUUGAGAUUAACGGUUCAGCUUCACAAGUUCAGACAGCUCAGCAGUUGAUACAGAAUUUUGUUGCUGAAGCUGCAACUGCAGCUCAGAAUUCAACUGCUCAGCCACCUGCCCAAGGAAGCUAUAACCCUUACCCGGGUCAUGCUCCUGCUUACCCGUCUCAACCACCUCCUGCCGCCCAUGCACCGCCACCUGCUGCUGACUAUGGUGGAUCUGUGUACGGAGGGAAUUACGGGUAUUAAAGUGUUUUGUGACUGAAAUGCCCUUGUGAAGUUAUCUUUAUGUUUGGAGGGAGCUAGUAGGGUAAUGUUGUAACGAGUAAUAGCUAGGUCUUUCGAUGUUGAUGUUUUUUAGAACUUGAAAUGUUGUGGCUUGUUUGGCCUUUUGUUUCUAGUUUAUGCAUAAUUGUGUUAUGGACACGAUGUUUUGAGACCUAAUUACGGUUUUACUUCA